CUUUGCUCGACACCACAUCUGAGAAGCAUGUGCAGCAGGGAGCUCCCCCCGAGCCCCUGUCGUUCUUUAAGACCAAGGAGGUACUUCAGCCUCAGUGGCAGAGAGCAACGGAGGGACCGCAGGAAGCACAGAGGAAGAUGAGCUCGGCCAAAUUGGACUUUCUGUGCAUAUUGGAGUGGUGUUGAGAAAGAGAAAAAGAGGUAGGGGAAGAAAAAAGGGAGUCAAGCUUGGCAUCAUUUGAGUUAUUCAGCUCAGCUUGAAAAAGUCUGCCUGGACUCAGAAACCACACAGGGCCUCUCGACACUGUCAACAACUGCAGCGUGGAUGGUCUGCGAGACCAAUCCAGAAGUGCUAGGAUUUAUACCUGUUGACACUGGACUCUGUCACACUCCUGGCUCCAUGCAGCAUUGCACGUCGAUUGUACCCAGCAUUAAGAGCUAGGGCUGAAACAAUGGGCCUGCACAAUGGAGAAUGACAUUGACUUCUACAAACACUUUGCUUGGCUUAGAAAGGUAAACCACCAGUCUUCAGACCGCAGUGAGUCCUACCAGGAGCGUUUAUCACGUCUGGAGGGAGACAAAGAAUCUCUCAUUCUGCAGGUUGGUGUGCUGACAGACCAGGUAGAGGCUCAGGAAGUAAAAAUCAGCGACCUGCAGAGUUCAGUGGUGAAGCAUCGACUCAAACUCAACGCCACAGAGGAGAUGCUGCAACAGGAACUAGUACAUAGGACGUCACUGGAGAAACAGAAGCUGAGUCUCAUGGGGGAGGUGUCCUACCUGAAACUGAAGCUGUCAGACAUGGAGGAGAAACCAGGCCAAGGGACAGAGAGGCAGCACAAAGCAGAGAGCGUUGUCAAUUUCAUUAGUGAGCUGCAGGAGCAGAUGUGCAGGUUUCAGAAGGAGAUCAAUAGCAAGAUCCAGGAGAAAAAAGCCUCUGAGAUCCCAGCUGACAGCGGCACACCAGCGCCCUGCCCCGCUACCUCCAGGUCUCCUGAGGACUCGCACGCCAGCCACUCAUGUAACGCAGCUACAGAGGUGAAGACUAAACUAGAAGAAGAGAAACCUGCAGACGGACUUGAUGAGAAUAGCCCAGAUGCAGAGCAGCUGCGAUGCGAUGGAGGAGAAAGUGCUUUGCUGAGGGAGCUCAAGAGUCUCAAGGGCAAGGUGGAACGUCUGGAAGAUGAGAAGAUAGAGUAUGAGAAAAGACUGAAAGCCACCAAGGUGGAGAUCAGCGGCCUUCAACAGCGUCUCCUUAGUAAGGACGCGGAGAUUGAGAGCUUGCACACUCAGCUGCUGGCGAGACCACCACUCUCCACUGAGUGCUCUGAGAGAGACGAAGAGCUGCAAAGGCUUAAGAGUGACAUUAAAUCCUUGGAAGCGGCUCAUGAUGAAAAGGACCGGCGGCUUGAAGAGCUCACUUUGCUCUUAAACCAGUGCAGGCAAUUCAGAGAUCUACCGCACAACACCAGGCAAGCUCCACCUGCUGGCCGUUCACUGUCCAACGGAGGGACACAUUCCAGCAGCAGUGAGGAAGAGGAGCAGGGCCAGAGAAGGAAUGCUGACUCAGCCAGUGCAAAGUCUGAAGAUGUCACGUCUGAUGUUUCCACAAGCAGCGCUUUCUUUUAUCAAACAUCACCUGCCUCUCAGAAGGACAAUGACUGCAGACAGGAGACACACACAUCAUCGAGUAGCAUGAAUGAUUUACCAGACGGCCAGAAACAGAAGAGAGACAGCAGGAGUCCUAUGCUGCCGGCUCGUUCGUCUCCCACUGACAGCAGCACUGAGCGGUCGCCAGAUGACAGUGAAGAUGGAGACUUCAGCCAAUUGAAGUCGGAGAAAGUGAACAACGGCACUGGGACAAACUCACCACCAGGCCAGAGAACCGUGGGCUCACCAGACUAUAUUAAGACUAACCGGAGCCUCAGGAGGCUGUGGGGGAAACUUCGAAGAACACAUUCUGGAGGAACACAAGCAUCGGACUCAGAUGCUGGACCUUUCACAAGAGGGGGUUUCCGUGCCACAGCAGGAGCCAGACUGACUCGCACUCCUGAGUCUCAAAACUCUGUAUGUGAUAUGAAUCUGCCAUUCAGCCAGUGGAGUAGGGAUCAAGUGUGCAGCUGGUUGGAGGAUUAUGGACUGGGCCAGUAUUGCAACCUGACUAGGCAGUGGGUUGAAAGUGGACAGACACUAAUUGCUGCCACGCCUCAGGAUCUGGAGAAGGAGAUGGGAAUGAAGCAUCCUCUGCACAGGAAGAAACUGCAGUUGGCGUUGAGGGCAUUUACCAAUAAAGUAGCGGAGAAGUCAGCAUCCCUGGACCACAUCUGGGUUACCCGUUGGCUGGAUGAUAUUGGCUUGCCUCAGUAUAAAGACCAGUUCCAUGAAGCUCGUGUAGACGGCCGCAUGAUACAAUACCUUACUGUGAAUGACCUCUUGAGCCUAAAGGUGACCAGUCAGCUUCAUCAUCUUAGUAUUAAAUGUGCCAUCCACGUCCUCCACGCUAACAAGUUCAACCCCCACUACCUACGCCGCAGACCGGGGGAAGAGAAGCAGCCUUCUCCCUCAGAGGUGGUGCAGUGGUCAAACCACCGUGUGAUGGAGUGGCUUCGAGCUGUUGAUCUUGCAGAGUAUGCACCUAACCUUCGGGGAAGUGGUGUCCAUGGUGGACUGAUUAUCCUGGAGCCUCGCUUCAGCCCAGAGACGUUGGCCCUGCUGCUAAAUAUUCCUCCACAGAAGACUUUGCUGCGACGCCACCUGGCCAUGGCGUUCGCUACUCUGGUGGGGGCUCAGGCCACGCAGGAGAAGAGAGAGUACGGCAACGCUACAGGCCACAUGCCCCUCACUACCACAGCGAAAGUGAAGCCCAAGAAACUCGGCUUCACCCAGUUCAGCCACCUCAGGAAAAGGAAACCUGACGAGUCAGCAGACUACAUCUGCCCAAUAGAGGGAGGAGCUCUUAGCUUCAAAGGAGUUUCUCGUCUGCCCUCCGCAGCUCUCCGGGACAUCAGCCCCAACUUGGACAGACAGCCCAAAAAGCAGGAGCAGAGCGAGGGAAACACGUGGCUGACCCCCACUAACAGCCACUAAAAAUGAAAACAUGCGCUCUAAAAGAGCUUUUUGAUGAUGUUGUGGAAUCCAAAAAUUGUAUUUAUGACUUCCGUCGUUUUUGAAGAAGUGAUGAAAGUGUGAUUUGUUGAAGGGGAUGUUUGCAACCUUUACGCCGCCGCCUCGAGGGCGCUAACUUUCUAAAGUGUUGUAAGCAUUAUAUCCUGCCCUUGUAGACUCUAAGCAUGUAAACUACGGCCCACAUAAGUUGUGUCGAUGCUUUUAUGUACACUAUGUGCACGCGCUGCGGGCGUGUACGUGCAUGAGACAGCGUUGGUUAAUAGGUGAUAUUUUUGUUGUAUUUUUUAUUUUGAAUUUUUUUUACUUUGAGCAGGUUGCAGGCAGCCCCUUUAAGUGAAAGCUGCUCUUUGCAUUCCUUUUGCAGUUAUUCCAAGGCUUUCCUUUUGCCACUUUGUAGGAGUGCAUCUGUAGGAUCCACAGUAUAUCUACAGAGAUGAAAUGGUGCUCUUUUAUGAUACAGCAGCGGAUUCAACACAACACUUUAGCAUAAUGACAGUCACUUUUUUUUAAUCACAUUGUUACACAAUCAACUUUUUAAUUCUCGCAGUUUCAAAGGUCUUGCCCAAAUCACAUAGAUAUCCUUACCUCAUGUACUGUACCUUCUUCUUAUAUUUACUGCUGUAAAUAAUAAAUUAUUGCAAUCCUG